GGCAGCCACUUUUAAAAAAGAAAACAAGGUCUGAAACAAUCUUUAAUGGGAGAUGGCAGUUGCUGCCGGAUAGAUAUUUCAGUUCUGUGAACAGUGUCUUCAUCAGUUUCGUGUGGCCUUCAACUUUUUUCUCUUGUCCAUGUGUUUUUCUGUGUUUUGGUUGUUGGCAUCAAAGCAAGUUGGCAAGGCAGAAAGUGAAGCAGGUGAUCGGGCGAGCCAUGUAUAUGUAUAUGUUUCUCUUGAGGGAAAGAAGCAACUGAAGAAGAAUAAAGAUCAGUAAACAGAGAAGAGAGUGAUGGAAAGGGGCGAGGAAGAAAAGAUUGUCAUUGUCGGUGGUGGAAUAUGCGGCCUUGCCACGGCUCUUGCUCUUCACAGGAAAGGGAUUGAAAGUAUAGUGUUGGAAAGAUCAGAAAACUUGCGAGCAACAGGAGCUGCCAUCAUAGUGCAACCAAAUGGGUGGCGUGCAUUGGAUCAACUUGGCAUUGCUUCCAAACUUAGGCAAACUGCUCUUUCUAUACAAUCGGGACAAUACAUUACAGUUAAAGAUGGCAAGAAGAAAGAUUUGCCUGUUGGGGAUGUUGGAGAAUUAAGAUGCUUGAAACGGACUGACCUCCUCAAUGCAUUAGCUGAGAAUCUGCCUGCAGAUACUGUCCACCUCGGAUGCAAGGUGAUGUCCAUAAAAUUAGAUCCCUCAACGUCCUAUCCGAUUCUUCAAUUGCAGGAUGGAAGUGUGCUAAUGGCCAAGGUUGUGAUCGGAUGUGAUGGUGUGAACUCUACCAUUGCAAACAUUCUUGGACUCAACUCCACGAGGCUUUUCUCCACAAGUGUUAUUAGGGGCUUCACAAAUUAUGAAACAGGUCAUGAAUUUGGCGGUGCCUUCCUCGUUUUCAGCAAAGAUGAUGUUCAGCUGGGACUUUUGCCUGUCACUGAGAAGCUAGUGUAUUGGUUUGUAACUAGGAAACAAACUUCUCAAGAUUCAAAGGCUUCGAAAUCUCAAACUCUGAUCAAAGAGUUAACUGUGGAAGCAAUGAAGGACUUCCCCAUCCACAUAAUGGAGAUGGUAAAGGACAGCGAUGUGGACUCCCUGCAUCUGACGGAUUUGAGGUUCCGAGCACCAUGGGAUUUGCUUGGAUCAAAUCUUCGUAGAGGGAGUGUGACACUGGCAGGAGAUGCCAUGCAUGCCAUGGCUCCAUUCCUCGCGCAAGGUGGCUCAGCAUCUCUAGAAGACGCAGUCGUGCUUGCAAGAUGCUUAUCACAAAACCAAACCAUGCGCGUUGAUGAAAAACAAGCGAAAACAAUGAUUAACGUGGAGGCGGCAUUGGAUCAAUAUGCUAAAGAGCGAAAAAUGAGAGUGUUUUGGUUGUCGCUGGAAACUUUUCUUAUCGGGACCAUGCUCGAUACUUCAACCCUACUGGUAAAAAGCUUAUGCAUUAUCUCUCUAAUGGUCCUCUUUAGAGACAAGAUUGCCCACACCCGCUACGAUUGUGGUCGUCUCUAA